AUGACAUCAACUUUAAAGCCCGAGGAUAAGCUGAAAUCCGGCCACCGGCUUUCUCAUCCAGAUCCUGGUGAUGAAGUCUAUAUCACCGGUAUAUCGGGUUCCUUUCCCGACUCUGACUCUGUUCUACAUCUGCAAGAAAAUUUGUUUAAUAAGGUCGACAUGGUGUCAGAUAACGAUAAACGCUGGAAGCUGGCGCAUCAUCCAAAUAUUCCACACCGUACGGGCAAAGUCAACAACAUUCACAAAUUCGACGCAACUUUUUUCCGCAUACAUUAUAAACAAGCUCACACCAUAGAUCCAAUGGGCAGGAUAUUGCUUGAGAAGACUUAUGAGGCCAUCAUUGAUGCUGGAACACAUAAAGGAAAAGGAGAAAGAGGUGAAGCUGAAGAGAUCGCUCGGCGCAACCCACGGGACGCCAAAUUCCGGAAAGGCGGCAAAACGAUCGAUUCGGAUGAUGAAGAAGAGAGUUGCGCGUCAGAGGGGGAAACUAUUUUGGAUUUGGACUUUGGUUCGGAAAUGACGGAUGAGGAAGGCACAGAGGAGAUAAUGUUGACAGGAAGAAGAAAGAUCUGGAGAGGAGAUUGUUCCCGCGCUAUGCUCGCCAAUCAAAUCUCACGGUGGCUCGGAGUCACUGGCCCGUCUUACGUCAUUGAUGCUGCUUGCUCCAGCUCUCUGUACGCUAUGGAACAUGCAUUCAGAGCGAUCCGUGACGGUCACUGUGACGCUGCCAUCGUAGGAGGGUCCAACUUAUGUCUGCAGCCUUCCACGUCAUUACAAUUCUUGAAAUUGGGCGCAUUAUCUGCGGACGGAAGGUGUAAAAGUUUUGAUGAGAGCGCCAACGGUUAUACCCGCUCUGAGGCCGUUGUCGUGUGCUUCUUACAAAAAGCCAAAGACGCCAGAAGGGUAUACGCACAGAUUCUUCACGCUAAGACCAAUUGUGAUGGAUUCAAAGAACAAGACAUCACAUAUCCCUCUAGUCACAUCCAAACACGCCUUUUACGGGAGUUCUACGAAGAAUGUUCUAUAUCACCAUCCACCUUAGAGUACAUUGAAGCACAUGGAACAGAAUUGACAGCUAUCGACGAGGCCCUCUGCACCAUUCGCUCGGAGCCACUACUGAUCGGAAGCAUCAAGUCGAACAUAGGACACACAGAAUCCGCAUCUGGCUUAUGUGGCAUUAUAAAGAUCUGUAUAGCGUACGACAAAGGUCUGAUCCCACCAAAUCUAAACUAUUGGAAGCCAAGAGAUGGAAUAGCAGCUUUAGCAGAAGGACGGCUCAAGGUUGUUAAAGAGAAAACUCCUUGGAAUAAAGGUAUGACUUGCAUCAGCAACUUUGGUUUCGGAGGUGCAAAUGCCCACGCACUGCUGAAGAAUGUUGCAAGGGAGAAGGUCAAUCGUGGUAUUCCUAUUGACGAUCUACCCCGUCUGGUUUGCGCUUCAGGGCGCACGGAAUCUGCAGUGGCCAAGAUAUUAGAUGAUCUGGAAUCAAGGCCAGUGGAUGCGGAGUUGAUAAGACUGUAUCACGCCAUACAUGAGCAUGAUAUUAUAGGACAUGAAGUUAGGGGAUACACUGUUCUUGAAUCGACACCAACUAAGAGCGUAACUCUCUCUCGUGAUAUGCAGCGUUUCUCUGGAGUUAAGAGACCAGUGUGGUUUAUAUACCCCGGCAUGGGUUGGCAGUGGCCCGGUAUGGCGACACAGCUCAUGAGAAUACCUAUUUUUGCUGCUGCCAUAGAAGGCUGCCACAAGGCACUCGAGCCCAAAGGCAUCAAUCUAAUCAAAAUCGUGACGGAUCCAGAUCCAGGGAUCUGUGACAAUAUUCUCAACUCAUUAAUUGGCAUUACUGCAGUUCAGAUUGGUCUCACCGAUGUUUUGAAGGCCGUUGGUAUUGCACCGGACUAUGUUAUUGGUCACAAUAUCGGAGAGCUUGGAUGCGCAUACGCCGAUGAUUGUUUCACCGCUGAACAAACGAUUUUGUCUGCAUAUAGUCAAGGACUCGCUUUGACUGAAACAUCGCUUAUAAAGAGAUCUAUGGCGAUUGUAGGUUUAGACUAUUCUCAAAUGAUAACAAUAUGCCCACCGGAAAUCGAAGUAGUUUGCUGCAAAGGACCCAAUUCUAUCACCAUCUCCGGACCAGCUGACUUUAUUAAGAGUUUCGUUGCGAAACUCUUUGCUCAGGGAGUCUUUGCCAAAGAAGUGCCUUGCUCGAAUAUUCCCUACAAUUCCCAUAACAUUGCUAAAGUUGAGACAUCACACUUGUUUCAUCACAACGCUAUCACGAUAGAGGUCGCACCGCAUGGUCUUCUGCAGGAGAUCUUACGUGGCUCUUUAAAGAAGAACAUCAUUAAUAUUUCACUUGUCCAAAAAAAUCACAAAGACAAUGUACAAGUCCUCGUCAACGCUCUAGGAAAAUUGUACGUAGCAGGAUUGAAUCCGCAUUUGGCAAACAUAUACCCACAUAUAUCGUACCCGGUAUCCAGAGGGACUCCUAUGAUUUCACAUCUAAUAGAAUGGGAGCACAGGGAUAACUGGCAAGUAAUAAAAAUUCAUCAUAUAAUGUUCCCUCAAUCACAAAGAUACAGUCUUAUGACAGACAAACAGACAAACUGGACAUCACAUCGUUCAUCAGCCUAA